AUGGCGAAGCUAGUGAUGUUGAUGGUUCUCUGUAUCUUGCCGGCGAUAGCCAUGGCGGCAAAGAUGCCACGUAUUGGUAAGAACACUUUGGUGGUUCAAGGUAUCACUUACUGUGACACUUGCAAGUUCGGCUUCGAGACUGCUGAAUCCUCCUAUGUCGUCCCUGGUGCGACGGUGAAGCUUGUGUGCAGAGACAGGAAGACAAUGGAUGAGACUUACACAGACGUGGCUACUUCAAACAGGCAUGGAAAGUAUAUGUUUGUUGUCCACGAAGACCAUAAAGACGAGAUGUGUGAUGUUAUGCUUUUGAAGAGCCCAGACAAGGGUUGUUCUAAAAUCUCGAGGGGACGUGAACAGUCACGUGUGAUCUUGAACCAUUACAAUGGCAUUGCCUCGCAGAUCAGGCACGCUAACAACAUGGGGUUUGAGAAAGAUGUUUCAGAUGUGUUUUGCUCUGAGCUUAUCAAGAAGUAUCAGGUUGAUGAAGAUGAGGUUUAAGAUUAGUAGACCCGUCUUUGAUCAAUGUCAUAUAUCUGUUGUUUUCGAUUUGGUUUAAGAUCAUAUGUGUAUUUUUUUUAAUAAUUAUUUGUCUUAGAUGAGAUGAUGAUGACUCCAAUGAUCGGAACUAUGUUUGUGUAAGCUUCUUCUAUUGAAAUAUAUAUCCACACUUCCCUGGUUGGGAAGUGUCUUUAAU